UCGUUAACCAGAAAUCGAAACUGAAAAAUCGGCCAUAUGAACCUUCAGGAUUCCAUAAAAUCGAUUUUGCGCAGAGUAAUUUCCCUUGGGAUUGUUGCGAUGUGUUUAGUUUUCGAAAUUCAGAUAAAUUUCAUGCCUUGAGGAAGAAAAGUAUCGCUUCAAACAAAACCAUCGUUCAGUAUAUCGCAAACCCCAACUCUAUAGGCUCUAAUUCGCGUCCCUGUUCGUAAAGCAGCUUUUCGUCAUGACUCGGGCUGCAGUUUUGAAUCGAAUUGCUACAAGAGUAAUACAGCGUUUGAUACUGAUGAUGAACGAGACACACAUGCUGAUUCCGCCAAAUUCGGUAAAAAACAUACACGACGUUCUUCUUUAUCUAUCAGGAGGACAUGAAGAUGUCGGUAUGUCAGGCGAUCGAGGAGACUUUUAUCGUCGUAAACUGGCUGAACAAAUAUAUCUCAACUUUGCAAUACAAGGCAUUGAUCAUUAUAACGUUAUUGCUGUCAUAAAAGCAGCUAUAGAUUUAGAAGAAAUUUCAAAAUUGGUUAUGUUUGGCGAAUUAUCUGAAGAAAAUAUUGCUAUAGAUGAUAGAAUGUUUUCAAUCUUGGCGAGAAUAUCAGGAUUUUUGGAAUGGAUACAGCUACUGUCAUGAACUUACGACAAUGAUGCAGUUUUAAAGGGUUUCUGCCAACAAGUUCCAAUACAAACAAUAAAGUGGCUAACUGGCAAGUAGUAUUUCUUUUAUCUAUUAUGUUCUGAGUUCAAAUCCUGCUGAUAUCAACUUUGCCUUUCAUCUCUUAAAGGGGACGAUGUAAUUUACAUGCUCCCUCCCUUCAAAUUUGCUGACUUUGAAUCCUGCAACAGACUGCUGUUCCCUAUAGAAGGAUUUUGUGAUCUUGGUCACUCUCACGCCAUGGAAACUGAGUAACCAACCUCAUGGGUCCAAGACUUUAACUAAAGAAUAUAAACAAUAAUUACAAAAAAUUUGCAAAAGAAACUGAUUUAUAUCACCAUUAGGAAAAGAAACAAGACUUUUGUGCAGGAAUUUCUUUGAAAAAAGAUCCUAUCUGAAACCUCAGCUUCCUUCCUCAUGGCAUUAUUGAUUCUCCUAUGAAAACAUGCAGAACUUAUUAUUUAUCAAUGUUGACCACCACUGGUCCUUUUGGAUUCUACUUUACACUGUAAUAUUAUUACCAUGUGGACCAUUUAAUGUAAGCCUUUCUCUUGAUAGGAGGUAUGAGCAUCAACACAACACAACACCAACAACAAAUAUUGCUGUUUCUUUUUAUAAUCAGACAUAAGAGGAACAGAAUCUGUAACCUUUGCAGACCCUCUGAGACUGGUAAUGUAGAUGCAUCACUUUGAACAGAUAUAGACCAGUGUUUUGAAUAAAAACUGUUGGCAGGGAUGGAUUCCAGUAGGUGGAGAGGGUAAAUAGUUAACUAUUCCAAAACACAAGUCAUUGGACUAAUUAGUAGAUAAUAGAAGAAGCAAAUAGAGUUAGUGGUUUUACCAUUUCAGUGAUAACACAUACAGAGAUAUGGCAGUGAAUUAACAGCAGUAUUUACCUAUAGCCCUUCAUUUUGGAGUUCAGAUCCUGCUGUUAUUGCCUUUUAAUCUUCUGGAGUCUAUAUACAAGUACCUAUAAAAUUAAUAGGACUGAUCACUUGUUGAAAAGUAUCUCUGAUUGCCAAAAGCUCAAGCUAUUUCAGCAUUAUUGUGUGAAUAAAUAAGGUAGUGAGUUGGAAACUAGUAAGCAUGCUGGGAAAAAUGCUUAGUGGCAUUUUGUCUUGUCUUUACUCUCUGAGAUCAAAUUCUACUGAGAUCAUCUUAGCCUUAAAUCCCUUCAGGGUUGAUGAAAUAAGUAUCAGUUGGUGUAAUUGACUAGUCCCCUCCUGCAAAAUUCAGAUUUUGUGCCUAUAGUAGAAAGGAUUAUUGUAUGAAUAGAUGAAUAGUUGUAAUAAUGUUUCUGAUUUAGUGAAAAGUACUGAAAUUCUGAAGGGAGGGUUUAGCAAAUUACAUUGAUUCCACUACUCAACUGGUACUUUAUUAACUCAGAAAGGAUGAAUACCAAAGAUGACCCUGGAGUGACUGCAACUCAGAACUGGAACAAUUCUUUUAAGUUCUGAGUUGAAAGUACAUGGUAUAUUUUUCCAAUGUUCAAAUAAAGUGGC